CUCUCAAAAGUCUAUGGCCCGGUGUUCACUGUGUACUUUGGCAUGAAGCCCACGGUGGUGCUGCAUGGGUACGAGGCCAUCAAGGAAGCCCUGAUCGACAGGGGCGAGGAGUUUGCUGGAAGAGGCCAUUUCCCAUUGGCUGAGAAAACUAACCAAGGGUUUGGAAUCCUUUUCAGCAGUGGAAAGAGAUGGAAGGAGAUCCGGCGCUUCUCCCUCAUGACCCUGCGGAAUCUGGGCAUGGGGAAGAGGAACAUUGAGGACCGUGUUCAAGAGGAAGCCCGCUGCCUGGUGGAGGAGUUGAGGAAAACCAAUGCAUCACCCUGUGAUCCCACUUUUAUCCUGGGCUGUGCUCCCUGCAAUGUGAUCUGCUCCAUUAUCUUCCAGAAGCGCUUUGAUUAUAAAGAUAAACUUUUUCUGGACAUAAUGGAAAGGCUUAAUGAAAGUGUCAAGAUUCUGAGCUCUCCAUGGAUUCAGGUGAGGCCAAGAUUGUUCCUUCACGAGGAAUCCUUUAUGCUCUUUUCUACAAGAAGUCCACUAUUCAAAAAUAUUGCUUUUAUAAGAAGUUAUGUUACAGAGAAAACAAAGGAACAUCAAGCAUCCCUGGACAUUCACAAUCCUCGGGACUUUAUUGAUUAUUUCCUGAUCAAAAUGGAGCAGGUAAAGUGUUAACAACCAUUCAGUCAUUUGACUGCUUGUGCAUCUUGUGGUUCACUGAAUACUUUUUGUAUUUACCAGAGAUAUUUCAAUGGUCAGGCAAGUAAUUCUGACAAGCAUCUUAAGGAAAUAUAGUGUGCAUGAAUCUACACCAAGCAAUAUGGAAGAUAUACUAUUAGGUUGUUAAAUGAACAGUGAAUUGUUAAAUAAGUGGACUACAUUAAUCCUGCUUUUUAGGUACUAAUAAUUUACCUGAGGAGAGACAGAAUGAUGCCUGAGG